AUGACCAUGGCAAAUCGACUCCAGGCGCAGAAUCACAAUAUUUCCUCGCUCACGGAUUUUAACAUCUCCUCAGGCCUCUACUGGAACCCGCUGAUGGAAAACCAGUCCCACGUUGAACAGCCAUCACCUGUGCGUCAAGAGCCAGGCUCCACCCAUAAUCUACCUCACCCUAUUGUUGGUCGUCUUGCCCACCCCGCUGCGGAUCCUACCGACCUAUGGAAAUGCGGAUUCGAGGGGCAGUUUCCGCAUCAGUCCAAUGAAAUGCUUAGGGCCGUAACGAAGCAGGAUCUCGCUACCCAAUGGGCUAUCUCCAAGAAUAUCCGCUACAAAACAAAAACUUGUCUGCACUGGGAGAAACUAGGCACUUGUCCUGCUGGCAAACACUGUCAGUUUGCACACGGAGCUGCUGAUCUGCGACAAGCGAAGGAUCAUCCCAAAUUCAGGACUCAGCUCUGCGUUCACUUCGCUUCAACAGGCUACUGUCCGUAUGAGGAUAGUUGCUUCUUCAGACAUCUUAACAUGAGCUUCUGGCCAGGCGAUCUUCCAAGUUCUAAAUGA